AUGGAGCGGCUCGAGGGCCCCGGGGAAGCCCCGGAGGAGGAACUUGAAUUCCUCCGUUUCGGGUGUCUGCGCACCUUCCGCUGCGGCGCCAGCUCCGUCAACUCUCUCCUCUUCUUCGGAGACGCAGAUCAUCUUCUAGCUGGCGCUUCGGACAAAACUAUUUACCUUUUGGGGGCGCAGCACGGAGUGCUGCAUGAGUACAAAGGCAAGCAGCUCGCUGCUGCUGCUGCUGCUGCUGCUGCGCGUUGCUGCUGCAGCGGCAGGUUGCUGCUGCAGCUGCGCAGCAGCAGAGGGCCCCCUGCUGCAGCAGCAGGUCGCUGCUGCGGCUCUGCAGCAGCAGAGUGUCCCUUGCUGCUGCGGCUGCGCAGCAGCAGAGUGCCGCCCGCUGCAGCGGCAAGUUGCAGCAAGCUGCUGCUGCACUGCUUUUGUUUUGCUGUAGGAGAACACACGGGAGUUGUGGCCUGCGUUGGGGCCCAUGAUGAACUGACGCAUCUUUUUCUUUCGGGAGGACUUGACAGAAGAGGUAUUCUAUGGGAUGUGACCACUGGUCUCGCUCUUCGGCAGUUCCCGAGGACCGCGCCGAUAAACGCGUGCCUGCUGCGGGGCUCUCCGAGCCCGCUGAGCCACUUGGCAGCUCUGGGGGACUCCGACGGACUUGUGCGUCUUUUUGACAUAAGGGGAGGGGGCCGUCGUUUCGGCUACGUGCAGGUGUUGUCGGACGCGAAAGACGCGAUUUCGAGCAUCGUGGCCGCGCGAGAACGCCUCAUCGUGGCUUCCCUCGACGGCUGCGUGUACACCUACGACCUGCGCAAGGGGGCUCUACAUGUCGACUGCUACGGAAGUCCAAUAACUUGCAUGUCGCUGUCUGCGGAGGAGACUUUGCUGCUGCUGUCCUGCGUGGACGCGAGCCUGCGGCUGGCAGAAGUGACCUCGGGGGAAACUCUGCAUGCGUUUUGGGGCCACUUGCAUUCUUCUUGUGGGGCUUUUCGCAUGCAAAGUUGCUUCUUUGCUGCUGCUCUCCCGCUGCCGCCUCCGGGCGCUGCAGCGGGGCUGUUUGCUGCAGCAGCAGCAGCAGCGCCGGACCCCGACUCGCCCCUCCAGCUCCACCUACAGCAGCAGCAGCAGCAGCAGCAGCAGCCUAAAAGGGCCUUCGAUGAACUCCUCGAGGCCCUUCAAAACUCUAAAUUUAAAUCCAAAGGCAACUCUCUCCAGCCCCUCUUCCCUUACGUCGUUAGCGGCAGCGAAGACGGCUGCAUAUAUUUCUGGGACGUCUUAGCAGCAGCAAGGGGGGGGCCCCCCGGGGGGCCCCCCGAGGGGCCCCCCGGGGGGCCCCCCGACUCCUGGGGGCCCCCCGGGGGCCCCCAGGGGGCCCCCCGCUUCCUGGGGGCCCUUCAAGAAGGGGUCCAUGGAAAAGCCCAUGAGGCCCCGGCACUUGUAGUCAAAAGCGAUUUGCUGUCGCAGCGGCUGUGCACAGCAGCAACAGAUGGCACAGUGAAAUUGUGGCGGCAGCUCUGA